GGACGGACGUAUUUGUUUGUUCAAAUCUUUUAAUUAACCAACUAAGUGGCGCUUAGUUGAUCUCGUGCAAAUGCGAAUAUCGUGUGUAGUGUUCACCCGGGACCAGACUUUGUUGCACCACAUAUCGAAAGCACCUGGCACCACACCGGUUGAUUCCCAACAACAUAAUUAAUACCCCUUACUUAUUUUUACUUCACCACGGCGCAAACAUGUAUGCGCCAAAAGUCAUUGCACACGGUGGACGAAGACCACGCUGAAGAUGACAAGUCCAGAUCACAGGAACACACGUGUGCCCAACAAUGUGGACCAGCUUGCUUUCAAAUACAUGCUGUGUAAAGUGGAGUCCAGCACUGAUUCUGAAUCUGAGAUCAGUCCAAGAUGGUCAGACACCAGCGCUAUGGGAUGUGUGAGCAGCACACCUGAGAGGGGGACUCUUACACGGACAUUGCGGUUAACACAUAAGCCCGUAGGAAGACAUGGCUGUUAUUCGUUGUUUUUGGACCCCUACGACGGGAGCUCUGAGGAUUCUGACGAAUCAAAAGAUGUGGGGUGCUCCAGCAGGCAAACGAGGCAGCGGGGAAAAGUUGAUGGAGGAGAAAGCGGCUGUCGGUUGCCUGGUAGGAACAGGAGAUUUAUCCUUCAUCCUGCCUCUGUUGCCAUGCGAGAAUCCGUGACAGAGCAGCAGCAGCAACAACAUCUUUUAGAUGUCCAGAUGAAAUGUGGGAGUGACUCCGAGUUGCGUGUCUUGGACAUUAUAAACUCCCAUGGUGAAAGGGAUUGUUGUAGGAAACUUACUGCGGAAAAUGCUAAUGACUCCACAAUGCAGAGCCAAACAAUGGACACAGAAAUGCAUUGCCCAUUUAAUGACUCAGGCUUGCACACUACAAAGUCCUCCACGUCUUGCUUAUCCGGAGCUGGAACCCCGGUGGAAAGGGGUUUGUCGCAGAGACUGGAGAGCUCAUCGGAGACUUCUCCCUGCCCCUCUAACCCCAGAUCAGUUUACAAGAGAAAGCUGGGUUUCCCAGAAGAAGAAAGGGCAGAGCUGGGGCAAAGAAAGAGGCAGUGUGUUGUCAACAUGGACUAGCAAAAAAGAAAGUCAACUGCAUCAGAAGUUGGAGCCAUCUGACUGACCGAAGAACUGCAGUCACAUUGAAAGCCCUAAAUAAUUCCAGGUAGAACUAUAGCUUCUUGGAAAUACUUUGUUUACUUAUGUAUAAAUAAAGCGGUGUGGGGACCUGAGAGUUGAUAUUUAACUCCAGUUAUUGAGUGUCACAUAAUGUACUGUGUAAUGUCUUAAAGCAGUUAGGAUUUAUGUUGGAAAACUUGAGUCUGUUUAACCUAUGCACUGGUAAUGAAAAUAUUUUUUCCAUCUAUUGAUUAAAGAAAAACCUGUCAACAUGAAUUGUUUUGCUUUUUUCCUACAAGUAAAUCAAACAAGUAUCUGCUAUUGUGGAUGUUGAGCCCCUGCUGAUAUG